GCAGCGCCAGCGGCUGCUGCUCUCCCUGCGGUGGCUUCCGCGCGCUGUGCUUCCCGCCGCUGGUGGGCUCCGCAGCCCCCUGCCGUCCGCGGCCCCGGGCCCAGCGGCGACCCACCACCACCCUCCACCUCCCUUCGGCGUGGGGGCGCCCCGGCUCUUGUGGCUCAUCCCAGGGGCUCCCCUUUACCUCCUCCAACCGGCGGUUUCCCUGCGGAGCUGGCUGGAGCACCCAACUUUGCCUCCUCUCCCGUCGCUCCCUCUGGGCGCGAACCUGCUCACCUCCGGUCCGGCCGUGCGCCCGGGGACCGUGCGCCUGGGGCUCGAGCCGGCGCACCCCCGCUCCAGCCCGGAGAGCAGCGAGUUGCGGGUAACUCUACGGAAGUGGCGGGGGGCGGCGGCGGCUGCUGCCUGGACAUCCUUCGCGGGCGCUGAAGAAGACCCUCGCAGCCGCUCUUGACCCCCCGGGCGCCGGAUGACUGGCACGGCGAACGCGCCUUGCACCUGCAUUGGUGUGUGAGAGUUGGGCUGAACCACCGAGUGGCUGUGGAUCCUUCGUGUGAUACAUGGUCGAGGACACACUCCACCCCUUUCCUCCUUGAUUCUUUUCCCAUGUAAGUUAUUACAGAAAAUUGAGGAGAGUUUGCUGUGCUGUACGCUAAGCACUUUCCACACAUGACAGGACCACGAGCUUCUGGUUAGACAAGUGCCCAGUGUUGACGGUCUCCUGCCCACCAUGAAGGGACCCUGCGUCAUCGCGUGGCUGCUCUCGAGCCUGGGGUGGUGGAGACUCGCCCAGCCAGAGACAGACGCGUCUCUGUGCCAGAGAGCAGAGCACCCGGUCAUUUCCUAUAAAGAAAUUGGCCCCUGGUUGCGGGAGUUCAGAGCGAAGAAUGCUGUGGAUUUCUCGCAGUUAACAUUUGAUCCAGGACAGAAAGAACUUGUUGUAGGAGCAAGAAACUACCUCUUCAGGUUACAGCUGGAGGAUUUGUCUCUGAUCCAGGCUGUGGAGUGGGAGUGUGACGAAGCAACCAAGAAGGCCUGUUACAGCAAAGGCAAGUCCCAGGAGGAAUGUCAGAACUACAUUCGGGUACUGUUGGUGGGUGGGAACCGGCUGUUCACGUGUGGGACCAACGCUUUCACGCCUGUCUGCACCAACCGCACGUUGAGUAACCUGACGGAGAUCCAUGAUCAGAUCAGCGGCAUGGCUCGCUGCCCCUACAGCCCCCAGCACAACUCCACAGCCCUGCUCACGGCCGGCGGGGAGCUCUAUGCUGCCACGGCCAUGGAUUUCCCGGGGCGCGACCCCGCCAUCUACCGAAGCCUGGGCAUCUUGCCCCCGCUCCGCACCGCGCAAUACAACUCCAAGUGGCUCAACGAACCAAACUUCGUGUCCUCUUACGACAUCGGAAAUUUCACCUACUUCUUCUUCCGAGAAAAUGCCGUGGAGCACGACUGUGGGAAGACCGUGUUCUCCCGAGCUGCCCGGGUGUGUAAGAACGACAUCGGGGGCCGCUUCCUGCUGGAGGACACGUGGACCACGUUCAUGAAGGCCCGCCUCAAUUGCUCCCGCCCAGGCGAGGUCCCUUUCUACUACCACGAGCUCCAGGGCACCUUCUUCCUGCCCGAGCUGGACUUGAUCUACGGCAUCUUCACCACCAACGUGAACAGCAUCGCCGCCUCGGCAGUGUGCGUCUUCAACCUCAGCGCGAUCUCCCAGGCCUUUAAUGGGCCCUUCAAGUACCAGGAGAACUCUCGGUCCGCCUGGCUGCCGUAUCCCAACCCCAACCCCAACUUCCAGUGCGGCACCGUGGACCAGGGCCUGUACGUGAACCUCACGGAGAGGAACCUGCAGGACGCGCAGAAGUUCAUCCUGAUGCACGAGGUGGUGCAGCCGGUGAGCCCCGUGCCCGCCUUCAUGGAGGACAACAGCCGCUUCUCCCACGUGGCCGUGGACGUGGUGCAGGCCCGGGACGCCCUCGUCCACAUCAUCUACCUGGCCACAGAUUACGGCACCAUUAAGAAGGUGCGGGCGCCCCUGACCCAGACCUCAGGUGGAUGUGUGCUGGAAGAGAUGGAACUCUUCGCCGAGAGGCGGCCCGAGCCUGUCAGGAGCCUGCGGAUCCUCCACAGCCAGAGCGUCCUGUUUGUGGGCCUGCGGGAGCACGUGGCCAAGAUCCCGCUGAAGAGGUGCCAGUUCUACCGCUCACGCAGUGCCUGCAUUGGGGCUCAGGACCCGUACUGUGGCUGGGACGUGGUGAUGAAGAAAUGCACGACCCUGGAGGAGAGCCUGAGCAUGACGCAGUGGGAGCAGAGCAUCGCCACCUGUCCUAUGAGGAAUCUCACCGUGGACGGGCACUUCGGCGCGUGGUCCCCGUGGACGCCCUGCACGCACACGGACGGCAGCGCCGUGGGGUCCUGCCUCUGUCGCACCCGCUCCUGCGACAGCCCGGCCCCCCAGUGUGGCGGCUGGCGGUGCCAGGGCCCCCGCAUGGAGAUCGCGAACUGCUCCAGGAACGGAGGCUGGACGCCCUGGACCUCGUGGUCCCCCUGCAGCACCACGUGUGGCAUCGGCUUCCAGGUGCGGCAGCGGUCCUGUAGCAACCCCACCCCGCGGCACGGGGGCCGGGUGUGCGUGGGGCAGAACCGCGAGGAGAGAUACUGCAACGAGCACCUGCUGUGCCCGCCACACGUGUUCUGGACAGGAUGGGGACCCUGGGAACGAUGCACCGCCCAGUGUGGGGGUGGCAUUCAAGCUCGCCGCAGAACCUGCGAGAAUGGCCCUGACUGUGCAGGCUGUAACGUGGAGUACCAGCCUUGUAACACCAACCCGUGCCCUGAGCUGAAAAAGACCACGCCCUGGACUCCCUGGACACCCGUCAACAUCUCUGACAAUGGGGGUCACUACGAGCAGCGAUUUCGGUACACGUGCAAAGCCCGUCUGCCUGAUCCAAACUUGCUGGAGGUGGGAAGACAGAGAAUUGAGAUGCGGUACUGCUCUAGUGAUGGGACCAGUGGCUGCUCCACCGACGGCCUGUCCGGCGAUUUCCUGCGGGCGGGGAGAUACUCCGCCCACACUGUCAACGGGGCGUGGUCGGCCUGGACGUCGUGGUCGCAGUGCAGCCGAGACUGCAGCCGGGGCAUCCGGAACCGGAAGCGGGUCUGCAACAACCCGGAGCCCAAGUUCGGGGGCAUGCCUUGCCUGGGCCCGUCCCUGGAAUACCAGGAAUGCAACAUCUUGCCCUGCCCAGUGGACGGCAUGUGGUCUUGCUGGUCCUCCUGGUCCACGUGCUCGGCGACGUGCGGUGGUGGACACUACAUGAGGACCCGCUCGUGCACAAACCCAGCCCCCGCCUACGGAGGUGACAUCUGCCUGGGACUGCACACGGAGGAGGCGCUCUGCAACACGCAGCCCUGCCCGGAGAGCUGGUCGGAGUGGUCAGACUGGUCUGAGUGUGACGUGGCUGGAGUCCAGGUCCGUGUCCGCCAGUGCGUCCUUCUCUUCCCCGUGGGCAGCCAGUGUUCGGGAAACACCACGGAGAGCCGGCCCUGCGUUUUUGAUUCCAACUUCAUUCCGGAAGUGUCUGUGGCCAGAUCCAGCAGCAUAGAAGAGAAAAGGUGUGGGGAGUUCAGCCUGCUCCACAUGAUUGCCGCGGGGCUCAGCAGCGCCAUCCUGGGCUGCCUGCUCACGCUGCUCGUCCACACCUACUGCCAGCGGUACCAGCAGCAAUCCCACGACGCCACCGUCAUCCACCCCGUCGCGCCCGCCCCGCUCAACACCAGCAUAACCAACCACAUCAACAAACUGGACAAGUACGACUCGGUGGAGGCCAUCAAGGCAUUUAACAAAAACAACUUGAUCCUAGAGGAAAGAAACAAAUACUUCAACCCACAUCUCACUGGGAAGACCUAUUCUAACGCCUACUUUACAGAUCUCAAUAACUAUGAUGAGUACUAAGAGCUCUUCUAUUUUUGGCUUCUUGUAAUUCCCCCAGUUCCUUAAGGCCUGUGCUCCAUGACUGCCCAUGUCUCCAAGCCUUCAGAGAUGGAGUGUGGAUACAUCUCAAGUGCAUUUCAAGCCACUAGUGUCCCAUUGUUGCCGAAGAGAAACGUUUUCAAAAGCAACAAAAAUCUAAACGUGACCGUGAAAAUCUGGUCUACAAUUCUUGAUGAUCGUGUUUAAUGAGCCUUGGUGUGCAGCUUUUUUUUUUUUUUUUAUGUUCAGUCCAUUUUUCGAAUAAGUUGGUUGCUUUUCUGGAGCUUUUUUCAUAACUGUACCACCCACAUUGGAAGGAUUCUUUAGAAAUAUGAACAUCUUCUUGACCCUGAGCAUAAAUCUUAAUGGUGAUUUAAUUCAGGAAAGCAGGCACUUUGUAUGAGAGCCUCCCCACCUCCACAUGCUUUAGAGUGCUGAUAAAAUGGAGACUAUGAAUGUGGCCAUACAAGGACUCACCAUUGUGGUGAUCGCCAUCUUCUCAUUCUGGAUGGUCCUGUGUGUGUUUGGACUUGGAACGCUUCUCGCCUGAGGACGCCCGGGGAUUCAGCCUGGCUUGCAUCUGCGGAGGUGCAGGUAUGCAAUGGGAGGUCUCCACCCUCAGCCUUGCUGCGCUUGCUGUGUUGUUCCCGGGGGAGCUGAGUGUAAAGAACAGAGGGACAGACGGGAUGAAGGGUGAAUGUGCCCUGCAGCUCGCCGUGAAGCUCGCCUUAUUCUGACUUGUGGUUUUCAUGGCAGUUCAGGGAGCUCUUUGCCACACGGGGUCAAGAGAGCCCGCCUGUCUGGGCCGUAGUAACAUUCUGAAGAACCACUCUGUAAAAUAACCACUUGUUUAGCAUUUGUAUAAUAGAUUCUGCACCUGCCCUCUCUCUGCAAAGAAAAAUUUCGAACAUUCAUGAUGCCAGUGAAGAAAGCAUUGAAAGAACUGAAAUAUAAUUGAAAACAACUUUUUUAAAAAAAUUUUCCAUGCUACAGAAGGUAUUGGAUGAACUGACAUUUAAUGAAAAGCAACUUUCUAUUUUCCAUCUCCCUGAUAGAACUAACGUGAGGCCAUCAGCCCCUACUAAGAGCAUUAAUGAUGUGUAAAGCUGGCUUUCUGCAGCUUGCUACUGUGCAUAUUGAAGUGCUCCCCAAGUUCCAAGCUGUCAUUUGCUGCCUUCAGGUCAGGUCAGGAGGUGAUGUUUAGCUUGGGUGCCUUUUGUUUUUUAUCUCAGUGCUGCCUUCCCACCCACCUAGUCCCAUUUCUCCCUGCAUAGGGGCAACAACAUUUCAAAAGAAGUACCCUGAGAAAUCAGGGUAUCUGGACGCUAAAGCCUUCAGUGAUCCCUGUGGUUCUGAGCUUCCAAUCAUUCGCAAAGCAUUUCUGAGUUAUGAUACUGUUCAGUGUGGUCCCCAGAAAGAAAAAAAAAAACAACAGGAUAAAUUACUCAAAAAAAACUGAUACAUAAUAUAUGGCAGUUGGUUGAAUAAUUUUUGAAAGUAACAAGAAGAUUGAAACUAUUCAUUGGAUGCCUCUGGGUGUCAUGGUAAAGGCCUGGGUGGACAUUAAAACAUGUUCUUAUUGAUAAAUGAACCUUCAGAUCUGUGAAAAUCUACAAUAUGGGCAUCAGGGGACACAUGUAUGUUUUAGCAUACAUGUUUUCACCCUGUCCUAUCUAAAGAAAUUGGAAAUUUUUAUGCUUAGUAAUGAAUGUUGUUGAGUUCAAAACAUUCUCGUGUACCCAAAUUUUCUGAAAUGGCUCUACUAAAAUAAAAUCUAAAUUGCA